AUGGCCUUUACUCGAAGUCGGGCCAAUAGCACAUCUUCGUACAAUACAGUCCUCGAUGACUUCCAGCCAAGUCCACUCGGUAUCAAGUUGGCGCAGCCUCGAGAACGGCCUUUGAAGAGUCGCGUUAUGGCUUCAAGCUGUGCUGAUAGCGUUGUGCCCUCUGGUAUGGAAAAGCCAAGAAGGUCAGAACGGUUGGAAGGAGGUCGGACUCACAGGGUUUCGCCCCCACGAGGGUUACCGAAGGCUCGACCAGUGGUAUUAUUGCGUACACAGGCAGAAAUGGCACUAAAAUAUUCCGAGAAACCGAAGCCAUCGAGCUUGUCUUCUUCGAAGCUGCCGCUGUCAGUACCCAACCUUCCGGAUGGCCAUACCGCUCUAGUUAAGAAGGCGCAAGUUGCCUUUCCUACAAAAGGUUCAAACGCUUCCAGUCAAUCGGCGUUGGAAACGCUUACAAUCGUGGAGCGUUUGGAGAAUGAACUCAAGCUCAUGAAGGAGAAAGUGUGCCACGUUGAGGUCGAACACCAACGCGUUCUCCAGAAAUCUAGUGCUGCAUCACUGCUGAAGGACCAGGAAAUCAAAGAACUCAAGGCGGAAUUGCACAAGUCCAGUAUGGACGUCUUGUUUUUUUCAAGAAUGGCCGAUUCGUAUAAGGCCAGCUAUUUCGAGCUACUUACGGGCAAGAAGAGCAGGGUGUCGUCGUCUCUCGAUGAUGACACUGAAAGCAAUAUGGACAAAGAAGGCGAAAUGGAUAUCGAUGAAGCAAGCCCGCUUUUCUACAGAGUUUCGACCGUCUAUGAGAAUGAGUCGGGCGAUCAGCAAACACUCCGAGACAACGAUGAAGGUGGAACUCCUGUCGAUGAAGCUGAUGAAGAUGUGGAACUCCGUAGGCCGACUAAGCGCCGGAAAGUGGACCGAAUGACUAUUGAGGACCAGCUAACGGAUGUACUCGAUCCAGUAUCCGGACAGUACCAAACGAUCGCACCCGACAAUUCCAAGUCUUCUCAUAUCAUCUUCACAGUCUUUGCGUCCGAUCAUGAUAGUCUCGUUAUUCACGCUCCAGUUCGACUGAGGGCUUCUCAAACCCAAAACAGAACAAAUAUAUCCAGCUAUGACUUGGGGAAGGAGGUCGGCUUUUUACUCUUUCUCAACGACCAACUCGGACUCCGCAUUCCCAAGAACGAGUUGUCACUACUGUCACCAAUGGAACUCGUCGCGAAGGUGUACCUUGUCGAUGUAGCCUCCCAAACUUCCGACGAGAUCGAUGCGUUUCUCAAAGGACUAACUCUUCAAGAUGAAGGUUGCAUUCUUCGACUUUCGGAUUCUUGUGGGAUGCAGAUUGGAUUGCCGGUUAGGACGAAUAUGAGAGCAGCUCCGAUAUGGAUAGAACCGGUCCCCAAGAAGAUGGCCCAUUCAGCUAUCGAAAAGGCAGUAAAGAACAGUUUGGUCCAGGUCGAAUCAUUGCAAGGCUGUCGGCGGGUUGAAGGGACGGAGACGAUGAGAGGUCAUAUCCAUUGGAGGGGUGAUGCAUCGGGUGUGCUUUGGGAUCUGUUGUGGGGUGGGAAGACGGUGGCAGUACAGUUUGGAAAAAAGAAAGGAGAAAUCAGUCGGAUGGAAUUCUGUCCGUUUUGCUCAUACGACUGUAUGGGUCAGGCAUGGCCACCUAUUGAGAGCUGCAGUACUCUUCGAUCCCUCGAAGACUUUGAAUUGUUCGAAUUCAAAGAUGUAGUUCCUCCUACUUCCACUUCGUCAGCCUCGAGAAUCGUGGUCCCAAAGAAACCAGAUCUUCGACUGCGCCAGAACCACGACUCAGCCGGUCGCCGUCGUCGGGAUAGGGAGAAGAAGUAA